AUGGCUUCUCACGUCGCUCCCCUCCAACGGAGUCUUUUCGCGCGCGAGCGCGUCACAGCCGCCGCCGUUCCACUCAGCUCCUCUCACAGCAUCGUCACCCUUAAGAGACGGCUAGGUUCUAGCAGCAAACGAUCGCUCUCCCGUCGGCUUCCCUCAUCUAGAGUUACAGCCGUUCGAGCUACAGCCGUCAGCGAUGCGCCUUCCCGGGUCGCGGAUUCGGGGUCGAGCGGGCUGGAUCCAGAUCUCGCCAAGUCGCCGUUCAAAGUGAUUGUAGCGGGAGCGGGAAUCGGCGGUCUGGUGUUCGCUCUGUCGUGCAAGAACCGUGGCAUUGACGUGGAGGUAACUGAUAGCAUUCAUGGGGAUCUUCAUGCUCCUUUCAAAUCCACGUGCCUGUUCUGUUCCUUGUCCUCGUACUUGUUCAUACUUUCUCUUCUAACAGGACAUUCUCUCCUAACAGUUUCUUUCCACGUUGCCUUCUCCACCUCCCCCCUCCCCUUCCUCCUUCUCCCCUCCCCAACUCCCCCCCCCCACCUUCCCCAUCCUUAUCAGGUCUUCGAGCGGGAUCUCACCGCGAUUCGCGGCGAGGGGCAGUACCGCGGGCCGAUUCAGAUUCAGAGCAACGCGCUGGCGGCGCUGGAGGCGGUGGACCUGCGCGUGGCGGAGGAGGUGAUGGCGGCGGGGUGCAUCACGGGCGACCGCAUCAACGGGCUCUGCGACGGGCUCACCGGCGAAUGGUACGUGAAGUUCGACACGUUCACGCCAGCGGCGGAGGGCGGGUUACCAGUGACGCGCGUGAUCAGCCGCAUGACUCUCCAGCAGAUCCUCGUGGACGCCGUUGGGGAGGGCAUUAUCAGGAAUGGGUUGACCGUCGUUGACUUUGAAGACCAGGGCAAGCAGGUGGCGGUGAAGCUGAGUGACGGCAGCACGGUGUACGGGGACAUGCUCGUGGGCGCGGACGGUAUUCGCUCCAAGGUGCGGGACUUGCUGCUGGGAGUGACGGAGCCCACCUACUCGGACUACACGUGUUACACGGGCAUCUGUGACUUUGUCCCGCAUGACAUUGAGACCGUGGGGUACCGCGUGUUUCUGGGGCACCAGCAGUACUUUGUGAGCAGCGAUUCAUUAACCCCUGCCCCGACUCCCCCUCUUCCCCAUCUCUUUCCCUCUUCAACCCACCAUCCCACCCCCAACCGCCAGUACUUUGUGAGCAGCGACGUGGGGUUUGGCAAGAUGCAGUGGUAUGCUUUCUACAACGAGCCUGCUGGCGGCUCUGACCCCCCUGGCUGUCGCAAGCAGAGGCUGAUGAAACUUUUCGGCAAGUGGGCGGACGGGGUGGUGGAUCUCAUUCAGGCCACCCCUGAGGAGGACGUGCUCCGGCGAGACAUCUACGACCGCAUCCCCAUCCUGACGUGGAGCAAGGGGCGAGUCACUCUCAUGGGCGAUGCUGCUCAUGCCAUGCAGCCCAACAUGGGGCAGGGCGGAUGCAUGGCUAUCGAGGACGGCUUUCAACUGGCCCUGGACCUUGAAAAGGCAGUGGAAGGGGCACAGAAGAAGAGCAUCAGCAAGGGAGGGCAGCUGCGGCAGCACAUGGACGUGGCGGGUGUGGUGCAGCAGUAUGAGGCGGAGAGGCGGCUGAGAGUGGGGGCCGUGCAUGGCAUGGCACGCACAGCUGCCAUCAUGGCGUCUACCUACCGGGCGUACCUGGGGGAGGGCUUUGCCCCACUCUCGUGGCUGGUGAACUGGCGUAUUCCGCAUUGGGGUAAGAUGGGCGGGCAGGUGGUGAUGAAGCUCUUCAUGCCCGCCAUGCUCAAAUGGGUGCUCACCGGCAACACUCUUCCUCUCCUCAAGCGUUCCUCUCCUAAAGUGUUCCUCUCCUCAAGUGUGCCUCUCCUCAAGUCUUCCUCUCCUCAAGUGUUCCUCUCCUCAAGUGUUCCUCUCCUCAAGCGUUUCUCUCCUCAAAUGUUCCUCUCCUCAAGUGUUCCUCUCCUCAAGCGUUCCUCUCCUCAAGCGUUCCUCUCCUCAAGUGUUCCUCUCCUCAAGUGUUCCUCUCCUCAAGUGUUCCUCUCCUCAAGCGUUCCUCUCCUCAAGCAUUCCUCUCCUCAAGCGUUCCUCUCCUCAAGCGUUCCUCUCCUCAAGCGUUCCUCUCCUCAAGCGUUCCUCUCCUCAAGUGUUCCUCUCCUCAAGUGUUCCUCUCCUCAAGCGUUCCUCUCCUCAAGCGUUCCUCUCCUCAAGUGUUCCUCUCCUCAAGCGUUCCUCUACUCAAGCGUUCCUCUCCUCAAGUCUUCCUCUCCUCAACGUUCCUCUCCUCGAGCGUUCCUCUCCUCAAGCGUUCCUCUCCUCAACCGUUCCUCUCCUCAAGCGUUCCUCUCCUCAAGCGUACCUCUCCUCAAGUGUUCCUCUCCUCAAGUGUUCCUCUCCUCAAGUGUUCCUCUCCUCAAGUGUUCCUCUCCUCAAGUGUUCCUCUCCUCAAGCGUUCCUCUCCUCAAGCGUUCCUCUCCUCAAGCGUUCCUCUCCUCAAGCGUUCCUCUCCUCAAGCGUUCCUCUCCUCAAGCGUUCCUCUCCUCAAGCGUUCCUCUCCUCAAGCGUUCCUCUCCUCAAGCGUUCCUCUCCUCAAGCGUUCCUCUCCUCAAGCGUUCCUCUCCUCAAGCGUUCCUCUCCUCAAGCGUUCCUCUCCUCAAGUGUUCCUCUCCUCAAGCGUUCCUCUCCUCAAGCGUUCCUCUCCUCAAGCGUUCCUCUCCUCAAGCGUUCCUCUCCUCAAGCGUUCCUCUCCUCAAGCGUUCCUCUCCUCAAGCGUUCCUCUCCUCAAGCGUUCCUCUCCUCAAGUGUUCCUCUCCUCAAGUGUUCCUCUCCUCAACCGUUCCUCUCCUCAAGCGUUCCUCUCCUCAAGCGUUCCUCUCCUCAAGUGUUCCUCUCCUCAAGUGUUCCUAUCCUCAAGCGUUCCUCUCCUCAAGUGUUCCUCUCCUCAAGUGUUCCUCUCCUCAAGUGUUCCUCUCCUCAAGUGUUCCUCUCCUCAAGCGUUCCUCUCCUCAAGCGUUCCUUAUUCUCCCUCAUCGUCCCCCUCUCUAUCCUUCAAAUAGGUUUGCAUUGGAGGGCCGUGCGCCUUACUGCAGAAUCACGGACAGGGCGGAUUCGAAUCUAGCCAAGUGGAUGGACGAUGACGAUGCAUUGGAGAGAGCAACCGAUGCAGAGUGGUUCCUGCUGCCUGCUGCGGACCGCAUGCCCCUCACCGGCGCUCUCACUGACUCUGGCCGCCCCAUCCUGCCUCUGGCAAUCGCCACCACCCCCGAAGGCGCUCCCCCUACCACCAUCACGUCGGCCAUCACCAUUGUUGGCUCUGCGGAGUGUGCGCCUGCCAGCGGCACAGCAGCACUCAUCUCUCUCUUCCCCCCGCCUCCCUUCUACACCCCUCCCUUCUCCCACACUCUCUCUGCAGCUCUGCAGAGUGUGCGCCUGCCAGCGGCACAGCAGCGGUCAUCUCACUGCCUGGGGUGCGUGGAGGAGAAGCACUGCCGCAUUGAGAGUCGCAGUGACCACACCUUCUAUGCAACAGACCUCAGCCAGACCCAGGGCACCUGGCUUGUCAGUCACCCUUUCUUCCCCCCUCCCCCCUGCAGAGUGGAUGGAGCGCGGUCAAGGCUCACUCCAGGGUCCCCUGAACGCCUGCACCCUGGUGACUCCCUCCAGUUUGGACCCAACACCGAGGCUCUCUUCCGUAUCAAGCUGAGGAAGGCACAAGACGGUGGCAAGGCCAAGGAUGUGUUGGCAGCUGCGACUGCCUGA